GAGAGGGAGCGCAGACAGCGAGCAGAGGAAAACUUUAAGGAAUGGCUUUGUGCCCAGGACAAGAGUCGACCCAGUCCCAAGGUACCCGGCUGCCUACGAGACCUGGGACCUUGCCUAGAAAACUACAAUUCCCAAGAUGCAGCGGUGCAGGUGGCCAGACAACUGGUAUUCGCACCUGCCAGGAAAGGUAAGGGGUGUACCUUAGCGGUCUGUGAACCAAUGAGAGUGGGGAGAACAACAGAGUAGUAGAGAGAGGGAUAUGGUAUGAAAGGCAUAAGCACACUAACUGCACAGGGAAGCAGUUGGAAGAAUGAGCACAAAGAAUGUGAGUGAUUUGGAUGUAUACAACCUAUCGAACAGGGUAAAUAGGACUUGAAACGUGGACCUUAAAAAAAUCAAAAAAUCAAUAAUAAUCCAACACACUGUUCAUUGAGGACUAGCAUUUUAUAUGUGAUAUUGUUUAUACUGUGAAUGAAUCUGUUGCAGGUCAACAUUUGAUUUAGUGUGGAAUGACCGCACUUUGGGAGAUGGACACCUGAGGAAAUAUCUGAAGAGGUGCCGAGUAGGGAACACCUGUAGAGGUAGAGGAUAUAGCCUACUGAAUGAAGCCUUAUCUUCAAUACUUCAGCAAUUUAUUUUCUGCAUAGGAACCUUUUAUUUUUUAAGUUCCUGAGCUUUCCCAAGACAAUCUGAAUAGAAGUGACACAGUUUAAGUAGGAAGUGUUCAUGUACUUCUUUAGCUCCUCUUGAGGAAGUGUUCUCCCCAUGUUUCUGACCAGGAUGUAACCAAUCUCUGUCAACAGUUUCAACUGUUAUUGACACAACUAACAACAUACACAUUAGAGAACCAGUUCUAUCACUGCUGCAGGGCAUCUCAGCCUGGCCCUAGUUUAGUGGUGUCUCUGACUGGCCCUGUGGCGACCCCUCACCAUGCAGUCCUCUGGGCCGGAGCAGGACGACUCCUUUGACUUCCUCUUUAAGAUUAUCCUGGUGGGAGACUCAGACGUGGGGAAGACCUGCGUGGUCCAGAGAUUUAAGUCUGGUGUCUUCAUGGAGAAACAGCAGAACACUAUCGGGGUGGACUUCACCGUCAGAACCAUGGUCAUCAAUGGCAGGAAGGUCAAGCUGCAGGUGUGGGACACAGCUGGACAGGAGCGUUUCCGCUCCAUCACCCAGAGUUAUUACCGUAGUGCCCACGGCGCCAUAGUGGCCUACGACAUCACACGCCGGCCAACCUUUGACUCUUUGACACACUGGAUCCAAGAAGUGGAACAGGAUGGGGCUGCUAGCGUUGUGCUCAUUCUCAUUGGGAACAAGUCAGACCGGCAGUCGGAGAGACAAGUGCUGUUUGAGGAUGCCUGUACCCUGGCUGAGGGGAGGGGUGCGCUGGCCGCCCUGGAGACCUCGGCCAAGGACGCCCAGAAUGUGGAGGCAGCCUUCCUGCUCAUGGCCCGGGAGCUGAUGGUGAGGAAUGGCCUCGCUGUCACAGACCAACACUCACAGGCCUCCCCACACUUCUCCUCAAACUCCCAUCCAAUCCAUGGCUCCGAUCCUACAGACAGGAAAUCAUGUUGUUGAGAGAAUUGACGGGAAGCGUGGGAGACGUUGUGGUGCUGAUAACCUGUCUGGAAUCAACGUUGCCUACACACUGUCCCUUGACACUUGUAGAUGUAAAGCCACAAAGCCCACUAGUUUUAGACUGCUUACAUCUAUAGGUGCUGCCAAGAAAUGUCUUAGGAUAGGGGAUGUGUGUACUAUAUUGUGUGGAUGUGAUAAAUGUGCAUUUGGAAAGUAUUCAAACCUUUGACUUUUUCCACAUUUUGUUACGUU